ACAAUUUAAACGCUUUUCAAGAACUAGCCACGGGAAAUCGACCGACAUGACGGAAGGACGGCGAGAGAGAGAGAGAGAGAGAGAGAAAAGGCGCGGUUGUGGCGCGUUUUCCCGCUCGUUCGCUGCUUCUAUUCUCCCAUCGGAGCCCCGAGUUGAAUCUCCUCUAAAACCCUAAUUCUCUCUCUCUAGCCGGAACGAUGGAUUCCUGGCGGUAUGAAGACGACGAAGAGGCGGAUGAAUACGAUGAAGAAGACGAUGACCUCUUCCGCCAAGACUUGGAGGCUCUGAAGAGGGCGUGCAUGCUCACGGGCGGCGGCGAUGAAUACGAGGCCGCGGCGCCUGAUCGGGUAGCGGAGUCGGGAACCGAGAGCGAGGAAAUCGACGACAUGGAGUUCCUCCGGAGCAUCCAGAAGAAAUUAUGCCUUCCGAUCGAUGUAAGUGCACGAACUUCGGAUGGGUCGUCCGACCUCGUCGAGGACGAUUUCGAGACACUGAGAGCAAUCGAGUGCAGGUUCGCUAAGUACGACGACGAUGAAGCAAAAAAGAAAGAAAGCAGUUCCAUGCAGCAUGGCUCGGACAGUGUGAGAGUUGAACUCCAAACUAAUGGCGAUGCAUCUCUCCAGAGCGUUAUUGGUUCAAGUAGUACUGUUUCCACACCCCUGACAUUGGGAUCUGCAGAUGUCUUUGGCCUCGAAGAUCAUUCUACAAGUGCCAGGGGACAUGGUCCUGAGGGAGAUGAAUUGCCCAGCAGUUCUGUAGCUCCACUCACAAAAUCACACUUCUCGGAUUCUGUUAGAGUUUUCAUCGAAGCUGUUAAGAAGAACAGAUUGUGUCAACAAUUUAUUAGAAGUAAGUUGACACAGAUUGAGACAAUGCUUAGUGAGAACAAAGAGCUGAUAAACCGAGCAAAAUGCUUAGUUGAUCUCCAGAUUGCAUGCAAAAGGCAAGCAACACGGUUCUUGCGUCAAGAAAGUGGUGCACGUGUCAGGUUAAUCUCGCUUCCAGAUGCUAGAAAGCAAUCUAGGAAUCUCCAGGAGGAGAAAAUUUCUCCCUUGUUUUUCGGUCCCAGGGAGAAUUCACAUGUUCCAUUCUUCAGGAAGAUGCUUUCCAAAUUCCCGUCAGCUUUAAAGAGGAGACCUUGGUCUAGUAUGGAGAGGGAGAACCUUGCUAAGGGUGUUAAACAGCAAAUCCAAGAGUUUUUACUUUGCAACUCAAUGGAGCUCCUUUGUGGUUCAGAAGAAGAUUUUAAUCAACCAAACCUUUUAGAUACUGCUGUUGCAGAUAUCAGCAAUCUAAAUAUCUCGCCAGAACACAUUAAAUCAUUUUUACCCCAGGUUGAUUGGAACCGUUUGGCAUCUAUGUAUCUAAAGGACCGGUCUGGUGCAGAAUGUCGGGCAAGAUGGCUAAACACUGAAGAUCCUUUGAUCAACCAUAGCCCAUGGAGUAAGAGUGAUGAUAAACAAUUACUGUUCAUUGUGCAACAAGGUGGACCAUAUAAUUGGAUUCAUGUAGCAGAGUUGCUGGGGAUCAAUAGAACUGCUUCUCAAUGUUUGUCAAGGUACCAACGUAGUCUUAAUGUAAAUAUCUUGAGGGGUGAUUGGACUGAAGAAGAAGAUGUUCAGCUCCGUGCAGCUGUGGAAGCCUGUGGUGAAAACGACUGGCAACUAGUUGCAUCUCAUUUGGAAGGGAGGACAGGCGUUCAGUGUUCAAAUAGAUGGCGCAAAUGCCUUCACCCUAGUAAGGAAAGAUUUGGCAGAUGGACGGUGGAGGAGGACAAACGAUUGAAAAUAGCAGUAACACUUUUUGGUCCCGGAGCCUGGAAGAAAAUUUGUGGGUUCAUUCCAGGUCGUACUCAAGUACAAUGUAGAGAAAGGUGGAUUCAUUCUCUGGAUCCAUCCCUAAGACUGGAUGUGUGGACUGAAGAAGAGGAUAUGAAAUUGAAGGCUGCAAUUGCAGAAUGUGGUAAGAAGUGGGCAAAAGUGGCUGCUCGCAUACCUGGACGAACAAAUGGUCAGUGUAGGAGAAGAUGGAAGGUACUAUUCCCAGAUGAAGUGUCUCUGGCUCAGAAGGCUCUAAAAAUAAAGAAAUCUGCUCUUAUCUCAAAUUUCGUGUCACGGAGCAAAGACCGGCCUGCACUUGGUCCUGAUGACUUCCUUCCUGUGCAAGGGGAUGCUGAAACUGUUGAUGCUAAAAAUGCAAAUGUUGGGAAAUCAAAGAAAAGCAGGGGUUCCAGGUCGAAGGAGAAGAUGAAAGAGGUUGUCAGAAGUGACGAUCCUCAGCCAGUUAGAUGUAGAAAAUCAAGAAAGAAGAGCGUAAAAGCUACUACUGAAACACCAGAUGAUGAUCAAACAUUGUCAAUCUCAAAAUCUCAUAAAAAAGUUGAGAAAAAGGUUAAUUUAACCGGCAGAGAACUUGUUUUGUAUCAAGGGCCAAACAAAAGAUUCCUAGAGGCAGCAGAUGACAAUGAAACAUCAGUAACUUAUAAACUGCAUAAAAGGGUCAAGAAAAGAAGGGAAAAACCAACUGGCACACAAAUCAUUUUGCAAGGGCAUACUGGUACUUUUACCUGUGACAAUGGUGGCAAUCCAAAAGAGGAUGGUAGAACACAACUUAAUGAAGGCGAUGCAGCUCCACAUAGUAUGGACGAUAGAGUGGGUGUGCAUGAUGGGCACUGUGAAGCCUCUGAGAACCAAUUUUUGCAAAAGGCACAAAGUCUUGAGACUGGAGAAGCAGCAUCUUGCGGUUCCAGAAAUAGACCCCCAUUAAUGCGGAAAAAUAAUAGCAAGCAAGGAAACUUUGGUCUUGCUGACCUUUUGCUGGAACAAGUCAUUGCUCCUAAGGUUAUUUGUGAACUUCCAUCAGCUAUUGAUGUUGGUGGCUCGGAUUUUGUCAAGAAUGCUCAAGUUAUUUAUUCUUGUGAUUGGGAAAAUGAUGAGGAUGCUCUUUUAGUUACCAGUAGUGGCUGUGAUGUGGGAAUCUCUGUUGCGGGGAUUGAGAGAACGCAUAAUGCAGAUGGAAUAAUUGCUAUGCAAAUGCAUAAUGCAGAUGGAAUAAUUGAUAUGCAAGCAGAAAGAAUCAAUCCUGAUGCAUCAGAUUGUAUGAACUGUUUACCUCCAUCUCAUGGCACAAAUGCUUUUUGUGAAGAGGUUUUUGAUGACGGAAUUCCUGAUCAUGUUACAUUUCCAGAGUCAAGCUUAAUAGGCACUGUAUUUAGUCGCUCCUCUUCUGACCUGAACGCGAUUGGGUUUAAUGCACCAGCUUCCUUGGAGGAUGGAUGUAUUCAGCUGGAGGACAAUACGUGUUUUGAAAAAGGUGAAAAUGUUGGUCUGUCUGACUCCCAUAAUCUGGAAGGCGAACAAUUAGAGGCUGUAAUCUGUGAAGGCAUCAAGUCCAAUGGGGUUCAGAAGCAACUAAAUGGUGAGCCAGUAGCGCUUGUUAAACAUUCAGGUUUCUUGGAGCAUGGGAAAAAAAAUGCUCGCAGUCUGCCGAGAGCUAGGAGAGCAUCCAGAAGGAAUGUCAGUGGGAAGUCCGACUUAUGUAUUCAGCUGGAAGACAAUACGUGUGCUGGAAAAAAUGUUGGUCUACCUGACUCGCAUAAUCUGGAAGGCGAAGGAUUAGAGGCUGUACUCUGUGAAGGCAUAGGGUCCAAUGGGCUUCAGAAGCAACUAAUUGGGGAGCCAGCAGUUGUCAAAGAUUCAGGCUUUUUGGAGCAUGGGAAAGAAAAUGGUGGCAGUCUGCUGAGAGCUAAGAGAGCAUCCAGAAGGAAUGUCAAUUACAGAGAUAUGGUCAACGGGAAUUUCGACUUAUGUAUUCAGAUGGAAGACAAUACGUGUGCUGAAAAAGGUGAAAAUGUUGGUCUACUUGACUCACACAAUCUGGAAGGCGCACAAUUAGAGGCUGUACUCUGUGAAGGCGUCAAGUCCAGUGGGGUUCAGAAGCAACUAAUUGGUGAGCCAGCGUUUGUUAAAGAUUCAGGUUUCUUGGAGCAUGGAAAAGAAAAUGGUGGCAGUCUGCCGAGAGCUAGGAGAGCAUCCAGAAGAAAUGUCAAGUACAAAGAUAUGGUCAGUGCUAAGUUUGACUUAUGUAUUCAGCCGGAAGACAAUAGGUGUGCUGAAAAAGGUGAAAAUGUUGGUCUACUUGACUCGCAUAAUCUGGAAGGCGAGUCCAAUGGGGUUCAGAAGCAACUGAAUGGUGGGCCAGCGUUUGUUAAAGAUUCAGGUUUCUUGGAGCAUGGGAAAGAAAGUGGUGGCAGUCUACCGAGAGCUAGGAGAGCAUCCAGAAAGAAUGUCAAUUACAGCGACAUGGUCAGUGGGAAUUUCGACCUUUUUAGUGGUCGUUAGAGGAUGUGUGGUGUAGGGAUUUGGUGUACGGAUGGAAAGCAUGCCCGGAGUUGGGGCCCCUUCCUUUAUUUUCAGACAAGGGAUUUGGUUUACAGUUGCUCUCUGGGUUGGCUGUCAGAAGAGAAGUCUCACUGAAAGCGUCAUCAACGGCAUACCAAGUGCUUAAACAGAAGUAGCUUUUUUUGUUGCUGCGCCUGUCAGACUGUCGGCAAAUUAAGCAGCGUCCAUUGUGGAUGUGUUUAGAUUCAGGCAAUCGUGGAAGUGGACGACGGCGACGUGUUACUUCUGAGUCUAGAAACGGCAAUCUAAACAUUUAUUUGUAUACGACGAGAGAAUAUAGGCAAUAUGGUCGGGGAACACUGCUCUAUUGUUGGCGACAGCGUCCGUGUGCGUGGGCACCUGAAAGUAGUUUCCGACUCGUUCCUUCAAGGUUCGGAUUUUAUGAAACGUGCCCAUAUCUACAUGCUUGGUUCACCGUUCGUCUCUCUCUUUCACCACCCCAUGGCUCUCGUUCUCGUAUGUUUAUUACGGACUGCAGUUUUGCUCCUGUGCAGGUAGAGGGCCUCGUUUUGUUGACGAUUUUUCUCUUGUGUAAUCCUGUUUCCAAAUUUCUUUUGUAUUCUAAUGUACAGAGAGAGGCGUUGCAUAUGUUGCGCCGGCUUUUGUAAAUCAGGUAUCGGUUGGCGUUCUGAAGAAGAUUGAAUGGUUCUUCUCCAGAUUUUUUUUUACUUGGUUUUAACAUUGGGUGUCCGAAAUUAAUUUGGCAUGAUUAUAAUCUUGAUUUCAAUACUUUUACGGUCUC